CACAGCUAGUUCUCACAUUUAUUUAAAAUAUCAUAUGAUCAAAAAUGGAAUUAAAACAGGAUGAAACAACUCCUAUGGAAGUUGAGGAAAAAACUGAUGAUCUAGAAAUUCUAAAAAAUUACAUCGAAGAAACGAAAAUUCGACUGCAGAAUAAAAUAGAUAUUCGUAAUGGUAACUUAAAUUGCGAAGUUCUUCCUGAUUCUCAUUUUUCAAAACUGGAUUCUAGUUUAAAGAAAAAUACCACAUUUGUCAAAAAAUUAAAAACCUUUAGUGCAAACCAAUUAGAUUCAUUAUUAAAAGAUUUAUCAGGAUUAAAUUUGACAAAAUACAUAUCAGAAGUCGCUGCAGCUCUUGUGGAAGCAAAACUCAAAAUGACUGAUAUUCCAGCUAUUAUUAAAUUAUGUAGCACUUUACAUCAGAAUUAUCCAGAAUUUUCACAAAGUUUCUUUGAAAAUUGGCAAAAGAAUUUAACCAUAAAACCAAAUGAGAAAGUAACAAAUCCUAGUAAAUUAAGAGUUGAUAUAAGACUUUAUGCAGAGCUUAUAAACGCUGGAAUUUUUACGAAUAAAAAUUGCUUACCUUUAUUGGGAACUGUUUUGACUACUUUAAUCAAUAAUGAUAAGGAAGAGCAUAAUAACAUUGCUACAAUAUUAUCCUUCUGUAAACAUUGCGGAGAGGAUUACGCAGGUCUUGUUCCAACAAAAAUAAGACAAUUAGCAGAAAAAUAUAAUAUGGAAGUACCAAAACCGAACAUUUUGCCACCAGAAAAACAGAAUAAUGUUAGAACUAUUUUAAGAGAAUAUUAUACUUCCAUUACCAAGCAUCUUACAACAGAACAUAUUAAUCUUCAAGCACUAGAGAGAGCAAAUAGACGAACUUUGCAAACUAAGGGAGAACUCAGUGCAGACAGAAAAGAUAAAACAGAUGCAUUACAAGCUUCAUAUGAAAAAUUACUUGCAGCUACAGGUCAAUUUUCAGAGUUGUUAGAUUUGCCAAUGCCAGAAUUACCCGUUGAGAAAAUAGUACCAGAAAGUGAAGGUGGAGUUAUGGAAGGUAUAGUGGAAGCAGUAACUUCACCUAUGGAUCCCUGGGAAGACGAUGAAACAAAGGCAUUCUAUGAAGAUCUACCAGAUCUUAGACAAUAUUUACCAAAUUAUUGUGCCAAGGAGAAAUCUGAAGACAUAUCAACAAUAUCUCCAGAGGUAUUAGAUUCUGAUAAUCCUGAUCUUUUAUUAAAUGAAGAUACUCAAAUUACAGAAACAAUUGAAACAGAAAUUGAGGAAAACACACCAUCAAAUACGAAACAAAUGCUAGAAGCAUUCUUAUCUAACUUAUGUAAUUGUGUCAACAAAGAAAUGAUUGAUAGUGCUGCAAUUGAUUUUCUGCUUAACUUAAAUACUAAACACGGUCGCAAAAAAUUAGCUAAAAAUUUGUUUGGUGUUUCUAGAACCAGACUUGAUUUACUACCAUUUUAUGCACGUUUGGCUGCAACCGUUAGUUUAGUAAAUGCAGAUGUGGGCAAUGACUUGGCUCAAAUGUUAAAACAAGACUUUAAAUACCAUGUUCGUAAAAAGGAUCAAAUAAAUAUAGAAUCUAAAAUAAAAGUAGUUAGAUAUAUUGGAGAACUAGUUAAAUUUCAGUUGUAUUCUAAAAUGGAAGCUCUAUUUUGUUUAAAGAUUUUGUUAUUAGACUUUCAACAUCAUCAUAUUGAAAUGGCUUGUGCAUUUUUAGAGGUCUGUGGAAAAUAUUUGUAUAAUCACAUGGAGAGCAGACAAAGAACUUUAAUUUAUUUAGAACAAAUAAUGAGAAUAAAAACAGUAUCUGUUUUAGACUCUAGGCAUGUCGCUCAAAUAGAAAGUGUCUAUUAUUUGGUGAGACCACCAGAUUCAACCAAUGUAAUUCAAAAAGUACGACUGCCCAUCCAUCAAUAUAUACGGAACUUGAUUUAUCAAGACUUGUGCAAAAUGAAUAUUGAUAAAAUUCUCAAGUUACUCCGGAAAAUUGAUUGGAAUGAUAAAAACAUUGCAAACUAUGCUAUUAAAUGUCUAACUAAUGCUUACAAUGUUCGAUAUCACUUAAUUCGAUGCUUAGCAGAUUUACUUGCCGGAUUGAGUUCACAUCAAGAAAAAGCUGUUUAUAAAGUAGUUGAUGGAGUUUUUGAAGAUAUCAGGAAUAGUUUGGAAAACUAUACACCAAAAUUUGCUCAGCGCAGAAUAGCUAUGGCUAAAUAUCUUGGAGAACUUUAUAACUAUCGUCUCAUAGAAUCAGCAGACAUUCUAAAAACACUUUAUGCCAUCAUUUCCUUAGGAGUCACCAUGAGUUAUAAUAUUGUUUCUGAAGUUGAUCCACCUGCAAGUUUGUUUCGAUUAAAACUAGCAUGUGUAUUACUCGAAACUUGUGCCCAAUAUUUCACAAGCUCACUCAGUAGAAAGCGCAUGGAUUACUUUUUGAUUUUCUUCCAGAACUAUUAUUGGUUUAAGAAAAAUGAUCCAAUUUGGGAGACAGAAAAAUACCCUUUGCUUUUUGAUCAUGAGUAUAAGGAUAGUUUGCAAUCAAUUGGAAGAAAAAUUACAAUUUAUAACUCUUUUGAGGAAUGUCAGGAGGCUAUAGAUAAUCUGAAAAAGAUGUUAUAUCCAAAUUUAGGUGAAGAGUCAAAUGAGAAUGAUGUCACCGAUUCAUUGAAUACUAUUGAAGAAGAAACAGAAGGGGAAGAAGUUGAUGAAACUGAUGGAGAUGUAGUGAAUUCUCAUGAAGAUUCAGAGAUGGACUUGAAAAAUAAUGAUGAUGAAGAAUUAACUGAAGAAUUUUCUGAACAAGAAGGCAUUAGUAGCACUGAAGAUGUUAAGGUUAAAUUAUUAAAUACUACUCCAAGAGAUACUGAAGAAGAUCAACUCUUCCAACAAGCUUUGGAUAAGAUGAUGGCAGAAAAUUGCCAGGAAAGGCUUAAAGAUACUGCUAAGAUGCGACGUGAUGAUAUUGUUGUACCGAUGAUAGCAAGGAAUAAUAAGAAGAAUUAUGAUCAAAUACAGGAUGUGGGUUCAAACGAAACAAGUAAAGAAGUGCCGUUUGUUUUAAUGCUUCGAAAAGGCACAAAACAGCAAUAUAAAAGCUUCAGUGCCCCCGUAGAUUCACAACUCGCCAUUAAUUUAAAAUCAAAGGAACAAGAAAUAAAAGAAGAGAAGGAACGCGUUAAACGACUAACACUUAAUAUCACUGAACGACUUGAAGAAGAAGACUACCAAGAAAUGUUAGCUGCUAAUUCUAGACAAAAUACAACAACACAUCAUAAUUCAAAUAGAGAUAGAGCUAAAGGCAUUGGACGAUUCAAGCAUCAGAAAGGAGCACCUGAUGCAGAUUUAAUUUUUGGCACCAAAUGAGACAUUGGUAAAUCCCUUGGAUCAAAGCUGAUACGAAUCACCUGCUUAUGAUAGCUUUUAAAUGGCACAAGAAAUAUGCAGUUAAUUUUUGGAGAUGGAUAAUAAAACGAAGCAGCAGUGACGAAGAUUAUAUUAUACCAGAA